AUGGACCUCCCCAGCCACAAAUUCUUCCAAGCUUCAUCUGUGUUGGUGCCACAUGGGGAAUCACCCUUUGAAGGCAACAUGAGCUUGUAUGGGAAAAACAAAGACAACCCAUUUGUAGAUGCCUUCCCUGACCCACUUUGCAAACUCAAUCUCAGGGAAACCUCUGAGUUUGUCAAGUCAUUUCCAAUGCCAAAUGGUUAUGCAGAAAGCAGAAGCUUUCUUGAGGUUUCAGCACAGAGGAGAGAAGGAUUCAACAACAACAACAACAACAACUCUGUCACACAACAAAGGAGACUAGAGGCUCCACCCACACCUGGUAGACCCGUUUUCAGCUUCAGUUCUAGCGUUGGAAGAAACCUUUCAAGAAAGAGCUUCCCUUCUAAAUGGGAUGAUGCAGAGAAAUGGCUCAUGAGCACCUCAUGCCAUGACUCACCUGCUCAUAACAACAUGAAGGUAUCAUCAGAGUCCUCAAAGAUCAGCACCAAACAAUGUGAUAACUUUAAGCACCAAAUGUUGGAUUUGUCGGAGAAAUCAAGGGUCACACAGGGAAGGGUAUCCAAAGCUGUCCCAAACUUCCAAAGGUCUUCAUCUUUGGACCACCAUAACUCAUUCGGCGCAUUCAAUGUGGUCUCAUGCCCAACAGACAUAGUACUAAAAGAUAAGUUCACAGACAGCAUAGAACCCAUUUUGCCUAAUUUUGGAAACCAAGCUGGUGAGGCAAUGCAAAAUGCUUGUACAGAAGUGAUUCAUGACAUUCAACAUAGAGAUGUUGGGACGGAGAUGACUCCUCUGGGAAGUUCCACAACUUCAAGAUGCCACACCCCAGUUAAGAGUUCAUCCCCAGCUCGCCAUAACACUCCUGCAAGUAGGUCAGGACCAUUGGCCUUGGCUAACCCCAAUAGCACUGCCUGCACUGUUGAUGUUAUUCAACUGGAGGAGUGCCAUUUUUCUAAGCUGAAACUAGGAUCACAAUAUGAUUUAGUCACUUCAAAUUGGAGCUCAAGUGAAGAGGAAGAAAAGGAAAUAUCAAAAAGCUUGAGACACAAUGCUAGCCAGAAAGCUGAUUCAGACUGCAUGGCUUCUACAUGGGAAGAAGAGGAGAAGACCAAGUGCUGUCUUAGGUAUCAGAGAGAAGAAGCAAGAAUCCAAGCCUGGGUAAACCUUCAAAAUGCUAAAGCAGAAGCCAGGUCAAGAAAGCUUGAGGUGAAAAUACAAAAGAUGAGGUCAAACCUGGAAGAGAAGUUGAUGAAGAAGAUGUCAGUUGUUCACAGGAAAGCUGAGGAAUGGAGAACAGCAGCUAGACAACAACACUUGGAGCAAAUCCAAAAAGCCACUGAACAAGCUCAAAAGAUGAUUCACAGGCAUAACUCACAAUUUUCGAGGCACAGUGCUUGUGGUUGCUUUCCUUGUAAUAAUAACUACAAUUAA